AUGGUUGGUCAGAUCUCCUACACCGAGGAGCAGAUAAUCUUCGUUCUGCAACAACUUCUCGCUGGAGAGAAGCGCGACGUCAUUCUCCAGGAAUACAAGAGAGAGUUCAACAAGGCUCUUUCUACAGCACAGCUUCGAUACAUCAAGAUAAAAUACGGCCAUGAUCCAGAAUUUGGGCAAGUACAGCCCUCUUACUCCAUUAAUCAUCAUAUUUCCAAUUACUUCCGUCAGUCCUUGAUUGUCACCGCAAUGAUUAACCGCAAGCUACCAAAGAAUGGUGGAAACAGGAAGACGGCGAAGGAACCUUCAAAAAAGGAAACGAUCCAACUUGCCCAACCUAUGAGCGAUGGUCCCUAUCCAACCGUCAUGCUUGUGUCCCAACCAAACUCUGGUUCCUUGCAAUCUCUGCCAGCGGACUUUCCAGCCAUGAGACAUCUGAUUGAAUACAACCAAGGUCCCUCAGAGCCACUGAUCACAGACAAAGGUCUGUCGUUGUUACACCAACAAUCGCAGCAACAGCACGCCGGUCUUCCGAACCAUCAGUUGGAGACAAGCACUGAACAGCCAUCUGGUACGUACUGGUUUGACCAAUAUCAACCCACAUCCUACAGCACUGCAUAUGGUAACCAGCCUGUUCUGCACUACUGCAAUCAAAUAUUGUAUCCCUCCGUGGCUAAGAAGAGAAAGCACGACGAGCUUGUGGAACCAACUUCGAUGUUGACCGCAGAACUGGCGUCAACAAGAGGAUUGGAGGACACCCUAUACAUCGAUACCACUGCUCUUGAAACCGCCGAGAAGAGAGAGAAGAGGAGGAAGCUCGAGUCACCAGCUGCCGAUUACACUCCUAUUCCCACGGCUACUCCAGCCCAGACGCCAACGGAUAGCAUGGCGGAUCAAAAGGUCACGAAACGGAGCAAAGUAUAUUUCUCCAAUGGUGUUCCGUCUCAAAGAUCCGUUCCUCCUAACGAUCUAACCACGAUGGAGGACGAACUUUCGCCAUGGAGCAAGCUUGCCGAAGGCACCGACCCCGAAAACCGGCCCCAGAAACCAAUGACGACUCCCCCAUCACUCCGAACCUGGAAAGGCAUCGUCCAUCUGGACGGCCCUUCUCCCCAAGGCCGGAUUUCAAAGGCGGUUAAAUCGGCGACUGUGUACACGAAUCAGGAGCUCACAUUCCCGAGAGAAUAUGGGAGCCCGUUGUUCGACAAUACUGGAUCCAGUCUGCGGUACAAUCAUCAAGUGGAUGCCUCUUACUAUCCUCUGUCCUUGGAGGUGUAUGACCCCGCGCUCGACCCGGCGUUCGAGCAUUGCGUCGAUGCCACUUUACAACCUCGUGCUGGAGAUGCCAUUCUUGAGACACACAGCAGUGCCUCUGUAGGGAAUGACGAUAACCAAGAACAGUCUGCCUCCGGUUCAACGACGGUACCGCAUCAGUUCGACUUCGAGGAGGAUUUCGAUUUUUUCAAGGAGAUUGAAGGGUUUGACUGGAGUGUUUGUCUCCCCACUGAUGCUGACCAGACGCAGAAGGCCGACGGUCAAACUCAACUUUCCGAGUAG